AGACGAACCAGAGAAGAGCCAUGGCAGAGGAAGCACCGGCACCAGCCGCUACGACCCCGUCUAAGGCGGCGGGAAAGGCCAAAAAGAAGAAGUCACCAGCCAAGAGGGCGAGUAGAGAUGCCCCCACUCUCUCCAAGCAGAUCGUCAACAUCAUUUCCGAUUCCAAGGAGCGCAAAGGAAUGUCGGUGGCUGCGAUGAAGAGGGUGUUGGCGAGCCAAGGCGUGGACGUGCCCAAAAACAACCGGCGCAUCAACAUCUCCUUGGUCUCUCUAGUGGGUAAGGGGGUCCUGAGCCAGACCACGGGAAUUGGCGCUUCUGGUUCCUUCAAACUCGCCAAGAAGGAGCCGACCGCCAAGAAGGCCAAGAAAACCAAGGAUGUUAAGAAGAAACCCGCUGCCAAGAAGUCCACCACCACCACCGCUACUACCGCCGCUGCCGCCGGCAGGAAAUCGGCAGCAGCCGCGAAGAAGAGACGCAGUUCCGGCAAGCCUGACAAGAAACCUAAGAAGCCAGCGAAGAAGCCUGCUGCUAAGAAGGCUACCAAGUCGACCAGCAGCCCCAGGAAGGCUACGGCGUCCAGAGCAAAGUCGAAUCCCAAGUCCAAGAAGGAGACCCCGAAAAAGGGGAGGAAGCUUGCCACCAAGACAACUAAGAAAACACCCAAGAAGGCAGCAGUGAAAAAAUCCAAGAAGUGAAUCUUCUAACGUUUCACAUUUUCAACCAACCAAAGGCUCUUUUAAGAGCCACCACAUCGACUCAAAGAGUAAUUCCGUGUUCUUCCUUUUAGACAUGUGGCAGCAAAUGCACGCUGACUGGCCAUGAAUAAAUGAAUCCCGAAUUUGAUUUGAUUUAAAAUGCUUCAUAAACCCCAAAAUUUGAACGUAUAUAAUAUACAUAACCUCCCCAAAUGU